AUGGAUUCACAAUCUCGCCUGAGUGCGCCGUAUACGGAAGGAACAGCAGAAUACAUUCGAAAUGGUGGCCGAUACGCUCUAGCAACAGCAGUGCUCGAUAGCAUUGUCUUGGUAUUUACGAUUGUUAUAGCUUUUCUUCUUCGCGCAUCGGAUAUCUUUCCUGUCCGACAACAACGAUUCUUAUGCGACGAUGCGCGUUACUAUCAAGCGUAUGAAGAUGCAAACACUGAGCGAAAUUAUUUAAUACUUUCAAAUGCUUCCCUUUAUGUAAUUUGUUUACUUAUUCCAAUGAUUAUCAUUUCAAUUAUAGAACUUGUUCGUUCGUUUUCAUCGUACCACUCCUAUCAAACUCGUUCUACAUUACAAUUUAAAGAGUGUUUGACUCGAUCAUUAGCUCAUAUUCUAAAAUAUCUUUCUGUGUUCGUUUUUGGUGCACUGACAGCAACGAUAUUGACAGAUAUUUUAAAAAUCAUGUCCGGUCGUUUGAGACCAUACUUUCUCACUUUAUGCGAUCCGGAUCAGAAAUCUUGUAAUGGAAUGGGUUUGACUGAUGCUGAAUUCGUGUGUCUUUCGAAAAAUAUGACUGGAUUAUUACGAGAUGCUAGACUUUCAUUUCCAUCUUUACAUGCGUCCCUAUCCAUGUAUAGUGCCAUAUUUCUAGCGAUCUAUUUACAUCGAAUUAUUCGUAUUGAACGUGUACGAAUUGUGAAAUCAUUUAUGAUUAUGUCAAUCAUUACAUUGUCAAUAGUAGCUGGUGGUGUACGAUUAGCUAGUAAUAAGAACCACUGGGAAGAUGUAGUGGUGGGAUUUACCUUAGGUGGAUUACUUGCAUUGUACUUAAUGAAGACUUUUCAGUCAUCUAAGUCGGUCACUGGCUUACCAGAAACACGUGUUGGUAAUUACGAUGAUUAUCAAAGUUAUAUUGAAGAUCCAAAUCAAUACAAUAAAGAAAUGGAUCCAACCUAUGCUCCCGGAAUGGACACUGUUUACCAAACAACCGGACACAGUAUGGGUGGUCCUGAACAAUUUUCUCUACAACCAAGCGCAUCUCAGGGGCACAUUGCAGGUGGUUUUGCUCGACAUCGAUAUGAUCUAAAGAUUCAAAUGCAACAACAAGCAGCUGCAGCAGCGGCGGCCGCUGCGGCUGCGGCGAUUGCCGCUCAACAACAAGCAACAGAUAAAUCGAUGACUUCAGUUAGUCGUGGUGAUACAACUAAUGGUGGUGUUAUUCAUCACUUGGCUCAUCAAACUCAACAGCAGCCACGCGCAUCGUCAAGUACUCAGCGUGCAAGUACAUCACUGAGUGCCAUGAGAUGA